GCUGUUACAAAACAUGCCAAACUUGAGCUUCGUCAGACUUUGAUGGGUUAUUACAGAAGCUGUUGCUUGGCAAUAUCAGCAGCAGCAUCGGUGUCCCUAGAGAGCGCGCGAGAAUAGAAGCACAGGAUGCGCACGCCCAAGACACACGAGCGCCGCGCGAGCGCUCACAUCUCUCCAAACACCGCCGCCAGCCUCUUUAAAGUUACACUCCGACCGCACAUAGGCGUUUUAUCGCGGGCUACGUUUUAUUUACGUGCCAUGCUGCAAUUACUAACUCGCUGCUGAAAUCUGAACCGCUGAAUUCAGCUACAGCCCAAACGAAGUGGAGCGCCUACAGCGGCACAUUUGAGCCUAUGAAGAUUGUUGAGGUCCCACCGUCAGGGCCGUGCGUCACAGGCCGUGAUGUGGGUAGAGUGUAAGGUGCUGGAGGCCGGCUGUGGAGGCAGAAGGAGGUCCCUGCGAUCAACGGUCAUGAGACUUCCCUGCUCCUUUUGGUUCCUGCUGCUGUUAGGCGCUGGAGGUCUUCUUCUGCUGCACCUACAGGACCUCACAGAGACACUCCAGCAACAAAACCAAGGUGCAAAGGUCAUAUUUUCCCAAGUACAUGCCAUAAGAAAGGAACCGUGUCCUUAUUGUCCUGACAAUAACAGACAGACAGAUCCAACAGAAGACAACUUUCCUAGAUCUGCACAACCGGUGCAGCUUCCAGUCUUCCCAUGGGUCCAGCGUUCCUCUCAAAUCAACCCCAAAGACAUCACUGCUGCCCAUGUCACAAAGAGCCACCGUAAACUCCUCCUUAAAAGCGGCCUGCUUGUCCAGCAGCUCAACGCUGACCCUCCUGGCCAGAUCAAGGAGAACCCAGAGCAACUGUCUCAAGUGCAGCUGUCCCGUCAGAGGCUGAUGAGGGAGGUCUGUGCCAAAUACACAAGCGGAUCCACCAAACAGACUAUAACCCGCAUGCAUGUGUCCCGUAUCUUUGUGGAGGACAAGCACAAACUCCUCUACUGUGAGGUGCCCAAGGCAGGCUGCUCCAACUGGAAGAGGGUGCUCAUGGUGCUUCAAGGUCUCGCUUCUUCCACUGGAGAGAUCCAACAUGACGAGGUGCAUUAUGGGAAUCAUCUCAAGCGACUUGACUCGUUCGAUCAAAAUGGCAUCAUUCAUCGUCUGAAGACCUACACCAAAGUCCUCUUCCUGAGGGAACCUUUCGAAAGGCUAGUGUCUGCUUUUCGGGACAAGUUCGAAAGUCCAAACUCGUACUACCACCCCGUGUUCGGGAAGCCCAUCAUAUCAAAAUACCGCAGCAAUGCGACGCAGUACGCCUUGCGCACGGGAGCCGGCGUGACCUUCAAGGAAUUCAUCCAGUAUCUGUUAGAUGUGCAUCGGCCGGUUGGCAUGGACAUCCACUGGGAGCCCGUAGGACAUCUUUGCAGCCCCUGCUUGCUGGACUAUGAUUUCAUUGGGAAAUUUGAGACUCUGGAGGAAGAAGCCAAUUUCCUUUUGAGAAGUAUCGGAGCUCCUAGCAAUUUAACAUUCCCUAGUUUUAAAGACAGGAACCCUAAUGCAGAAAGGACAUCUUUGGAAAUCACAAGGAGAUAUUUUGCACAACUAAAUGUGACGGAGAGACAAAGGGCGUAUGACUUUUACUACAUGGACUACCUGAUGUUCAACUACACCAAACCGUUUAAAGAUUUAUACUGAGGCUUUUACAGUAGCCUAAUGAACUUUCUGUUGGCUUGAUGUUCACAUUUUGUCCUAGUGAGGUUAUUUUAUUACUGUCAAAUGUCGUUGUUUAUUUGAUAGCAAAUUUCAAUGUGAAAUAUUACUAACAUUCUGUACUUAUCUCUGCAGGCUGGUCCUUGCGUUUAUCUUGUUAUUUACAAAACAUUCAAUUCUAUUCAGUAAGAAACCUCUUAAUGGGAUAAUCUGCCCCAAAAAAAUAAAAAUUGGACAUCAUUUACUCACU